AAAUUAGAAACCUGGUAGAUGGAAGUUUUUCUAGAAUAGAGUAUGCCAGACUAAACUGAAGACUAUCUAUUUAAUAGUGUAGCUACUUGGGAAAAAACAACAACAAACAACAUGAAAUAGUCAUUAUAUUGCCAGUUAGUUUGUGCACUUAUAUUAUAUUGGAUAAUGGCAGACGUGGAACUUCCAUACUUCAACUACGUCGUGACGGGGUUCGUCGUACUGACAUGUAUCGCCCUAGCCCUGACGCUCGCUGGCAUUUGCGUUUUCUUCUAUAUAGUCUGCAAGAGAAAAUACCCCUACAACAAAGCGUACAAAGUCUCUAAAAAAACACUCCAAGAUACAUCCAAAUAUUUUCACGAUUAUGACACCAUUUCAAGCAAUGCUAGCAAGGCGGGUAAAACGUCUAUGAAUGGAUCACAACCGAAAAAACAACAUAAACAACGUUCAAAAUCGAACUAUGAUAGGGUGCGAAAGGGUAAAGAAUUAUAUUGGGUUCCAAGAAGAAGUCUGUACGUUCAGAAUGGCCGAGUUAGCCAAACAAGCCGCAGUAGCACCACGCCUAGUCGGUCAAGUCGCGGUCGAAAUGUACGGGAAGUGGUUUCCGCACGGUCGAAGCAGCAAAACCCCCAUGAAUAUUCAACCGACAUCGAGGCGCCUAUACAGAGCAAAAACGGUACAAAUAAUUCCCCUCGAGUGUCAAAACAAGUUGCCUAUGUUGAGAGGGAAAAGCUAAAUAAUCCACAAAGGAACGAUCAAACCCCAAUCGUUCUUCCAAUAUCUGUAGAAGUGAACAAGUCAUCGGGUAAUUCUUCGUAUCAUCAACGUGACACUUCGAAUGAUGAACGCCCUCUCCCGACCACGGAAGCAGAUCGUGUAUCGAACGAACCAAUAUAUGAUAACAGACAACGGUCAAUGUCAUCAUUGGACGAUCAAGAGAAAUCAGUAAUUGGAGCUGUGAACGAUGCGAUACGGAAUGAAAAUGGUUACGCUAUCUAUGACAAUGGAAGUCUUAAGUACCCUGAGUCACUCCAAUCAACAUCUGCGUUUACGACAGAAAAUCAUUCUGUCUCGGUCCAAGAGGAAACAGCAACAGUAGUUCAUCGACCGAAGAACUCUUUGAGCAAGGUUAUUGCAAGACCGAAUGAAUCCAUUCGAUAUGGCAGUGAUGAUUAUUCCAUCAUACAGAAAGGAAAGAGAGGAAAUGUUUCCAGGAAGGUAUCCGAUUCUGAGAUUUAUAACAUACGAAAGGACAAGGAAAAAGACUUAGCCAUGUCACCAACAGCCGGGUUGCGCAUAUCGAAUACAAGUACGACAACUAUUGAAGAGUCAAAACCAAACUACCCAAAGGUAACAUUCAAGGUCAGUGACAUUGUCGAUGAAAAUCAAUAUGAUGAAGUAGCAAAGAUGGAACCAGGAACCCAAGUACGAGUUACUGAACUACAACGAGUAACCGAACAGCUUCGAGUCACCGAAGUACAAAAGCAUGAUGACGAACAGCUAGCUGUUCAAGAAGAACAAAAUGUAACAGGUGAAACAGAUGUUUUAAAUAACGCUGAGAGAAUUUCAUUGCACGUUGAGCCAACCUCAAUUCCUGAUGGGGCAAUAAAUGCGGGAAUGGGAACCAUUGAUAACUCUGAAUCCUCAGAAAAAUCAGCGACUGAAUCAGCUGAUCAAGCGUCAACAAAAGAAGCUUCAAAUAAUGUCAUUAAGCAAGAGCGCCAGCGUUCUUUGGAAAACACAAAAGAUCAAAAGAUCUCAAACGGAUUCGACAACGGGGAAAAUUCCCAGCGUCCAAAGCAAGUCAGAUGGGAAGAAACAGAAGGCGACGCGAGCAUCCUAUCGGGAGAAACAUUUGAAUCCACGGGUGACAUGAUUAUGGGUCUUCAUCGGCAAAAUGAAAACAAUGGCUCGUGGAAAACCGAAGACAGAUCCAGCUUUUUCUCCGAUGAUUUCACAACUGAUGAUGAAGCAUACUCAAUCCUUGAACCUAUAUUAUCUCGGAAAUCGGUCCAGCAAGAUCCGUCAAUGAGUGAAUCUAUUAUACUAGACGGACACCCGAAGCACACAUCUGUCCCUCCCAAAAUCAUCAGAGAAGGCAUGUCUGCAAUGCAUUAUUAAUACAUCUUCAGAACAUAGUACAAUGAAAACAUGAACAAAUAACGAACUUAAAAAAAGUAAAUGUAUUUACAAUAUUUAUAUACUAUUUAUUUUAUACGAAGCUCCUUAGCAUGUACAGUUUCAUUCAUGUUAGACAUUUUGUGAAAAUAAAACAAUCUGG